GCUUUGGAUAAUACGGAUUUGAUUGUGCGUCUGUGCGCACUUCAUCGAGCGCAGACGAACUGUGUAAAAGUUUUACCCACUCACACACAAAGCGCAAUGGCCAAAUAUAAGCCCUGGCUGACGGCAUGUUGCGUCCUUCUUAUUGUGAUUUGCGCUGUUGCUCUGGUGAGUCUGUGCAUCGCCACGCUUCUUGGUGCGGGUUGCUCCGGCGGCAGAUUCAGACAUGCGGCUGUUUCGGCAGACUCGCAACUUUGCUCCGAGAUCGGAAAGAACAUGCUCCUCCAAGGCGGCUCAGCAGUAGAUGGCGCCAUUGCAGCUCUCCUCUGCACAUCUUUGGUCAACCCUCAGAGCAUGGGAAUUGGAGGAGGCUCGAUAGUUGUAGUCAGAAAUAAAACAGGUAAUGUUAAAGUUUACAACUUCAGAGAGUCAACCCCACAGACAUUCAAACCUUCUCUGUUAAAAGACUGUCCCACUAAAUUCGGACUGACCGCAGGUAGUCAGUGGAUUGGCGUUCCCGGGGAGCUGCUGGGCUACGACGCCCUCCACAGAGAGUACGGGAAGUUGUCCUGGGCCAAACUGUUUGAGCCAACCAUUAAACUGGCCAGGGAAGGAAUCCCCAUGCCACCAUACCUGGCACGCUUUAUGAGCCACGAGUUGUUGAAGCCGCAUGUGGAAACGUCAUCUCUGUGUGAAGUCUUUUGCAACAAGAACAAAACAAUCCUGAGAAUGGGCGACACCAUGCAGUUUUCUAAACUUGCAGAAACCUUGGAAAUCAUUGCAAAGGAAGGAGUUAAAGCCUUUUACACUGGCAGGAUUGGACUUGACUUAAUCCAAGAUAUAAAAGACGCAGGUGGAACAUUAACGGUGGACGAUCUGAAGUCUUACAGAGUGCGGGUGGGCAGUCCAUGGACAGUUUCUCUGGGAAAUCAUAAGAUGCACAUCGCUCCACCGCCUGCUGGGGGGGCGCUUCUAGCUUUCAUUCUCAGAAUCAUGAAAGGGUUCUCGUUAACUCCAGACUCUCUAGUUGGUGAAAAGAAGAAGAUUCAGAUGUACCAUCGUUACAUAGAGGCAGCUAAAUUUGCUAAUGGUCAAAAGAGGAACAUUCGAGACCCUGCCUACAGUAGCAGCAAGAUGGCUGAUCACUUAAUUGAUCCUUCGUUCAUUGAUCGCAUAGCGAGGCUGAUAUCAUCAAAUAGAACACAUGAUAACUCCUAUUAUCGUAACCACAAGCCUUUGCUUGAUAACUUUGGAACGACUCACGUUUCUGUCAUGGAUGCGGACGGACUCGCAGUCUCAGCCACUAGCACCAUAAACCAGCUGUUUGGAGGAGCGGUGUACUCUAAACGAACGGGGAUCAUCCUCAACAACGAGCUUGUUGACUUUUGUGGGAGAGUAGAUUCAAUACAAGGAGGUGAACAGCCGCCCUCCUCAAUGAGUCCUGUUAUACUGGAGAAGGAAUCUGGAGGGAUUCUUGUGAUGGGAGGGUCAGGAGGAAGUCUUAUCACCACAUCAAUGGCUUUGUCCCUAAUAAACCGCCUGUGGCUGGGGAUGAGCUUAAAAGACUCUAUUGCUGCUCCUAUAAUCUUCGUCAGUUCAAACAACGAUGUGAAUUUUGAACCAGAAUUCGAUAAGUCCGUCAUAAAUGGCCUUAGACGUCUUGGACACAAAACUGGGAAUUGGCCGUUCUUUUUAAAUGUGGUCAACGCCUUGGAAAAGGAGAACGGCUGCAUAGCGGCAGUGUCGGACAGCAGGAAGCUGGGAAUGUCAGCUGGAUACUGAUCAUGAGGAACAAGCGUAACCUUCCACAAAAGUCUUUUCUUGGACUAACUGAGCCUUUGGGAUUUGCGUCAGUGAAAGUGGUGCAGCUCUGAAAAACAGAAUGUGAAUUAUACUUUUUUUUUAUUUGCCUUUUAAGAAGAAAUAUGAAUGCUUAGAAGUUGAGAUCAUUUAAUUCAUCUAACAUAGAGAUAAAAAUGCUGGUUAUGAACUCCACUGUUCCUAAAAAAUGACUAAAUGUAGGCGCACAUCCAUAUAGUAUUAGUCUAAUACUAUAUAAGAGUAAAGAAAAUGAAUCACUAUCAUGAACAUAUUUUAGAUGAAGACAAAUGCACAUAAUAAAUGUAUACUGCCCAUCCAACACAUUCCUCCUUUUGUUUGUUUUUUUUACAUAUAUGUUACCUUGUGCAGCUACAGAACUGUGCAAAAGUUUAAAACCUAUCCAAUAUUUAUAUUUAUAUUUCAAAAUCACAGAUCAUGAUGUAAAAUCAGUAUUUAGUGAUAGAUCUCCAGGCUGUUUUGAGACAAAUUUAGGCACCAAAUUCACUCGUUUACGACUCACUCAGGUGAAGUCGCAAUUCAACAACUUUAUCAAUCACUAAUAAACAAUGUUUGAAAGUCAGUUUGAAAGCAAAGAUCUGACACAGAAUGACAUUUCAUUCAUGCACUCUGGGAGAGAGAUUAGAUUAGAUACAUGCCUUAAUGGUAUUUUCUCAGAUUCAGUAGGACUGUGUCUGUUUCAGGUUGCUAGAAACCAAGUGCCUAAAGAACCCAGUUUCAGAUUGUUUUAUUUUGUCUGUCACUUGAGACAAAACUUGCUCAGUCAAUAAGUUUUGCAAAACAAUUCCAGCAUUCCAAAAGAAAAAGAACAAACUAGUUUGAAACUGAUUGUAGAAAGCAG